GCCAGGAACAAGAAGCUUGGACUUUGAACAUGGUAUGGUAUCUGCGGCGUCGAUAGAUAAACUAAGCCCGAUGAUGCCGAAACGCGCACGCACUCGUUAGCUUUAGCUUAGGGAUGAGAUUUCUGGGCAGCGGGACCCUUUAUGGUUUUUAUUUUUAAUGAAAGAAGUGUGUGUGUGUGUGCAUGUGUAUGUGAGUGUGAUGAGAUUGUCUGUGUGUGAGCGUGUGAGUGUGUGAGUGAGUCUGUGUAUAUGUGUGUGUGUGUUGUUGUAUGGUUUGUGGGUGUGUCUGUUUGUUAGUUUCUGCUCCCUCGAGUAGGUAGUCUUGAAAUUGUAUACUUCACACUUGGCUAUUGCUAUUGCUAUUGCUAUUCUCCAGGCGCCACCCAAGAACGGUAAAUCAUAGAUCACUAAGUGCCGAAGAUCUUGGGGGCUAUGUGACGAGAAUGAUUUGAAUCAAGAUGAAUCAAGAUCAGAGUAAUUUCCAUAGAUAUUGGGCACGUCGCAUGGAGAUGAAAGUAUCGAAGUUAAAAUAUUAUGUAAGGAAUGAAGUUAUCCAGAGGACUCGAGAGUCAAGAGUCAAGUGGAAAAAGAGUCGAGACAGCAGAGUCACAAUAAUGUCUCUCAUUAUACCAUGUCCUCUCCACCCCAAGGUCAAACCCAAGAUGGAGGCACUCGUACCUGACCACCACGCCUGCGACCCAGCUUAUUCAAACAUGGGAUUCUCUAAUUCCCCUGACGUCACACAGGCAAAAGUCGAUCGAGAAAACGGGUGUAUCAUCGUGGAUAUGGAGAAGCUUAACACACUCGCAUACAUACAGAGUACAUAUGAGGAAUGAGCAUGCAUAUGAGGGGUUUCGUUUUGAAUCAGGAUGCCAGGGUGUGCUCAUGUUCCUAGUCGGGGUCCUCUGCGACCAGGGUGGGAAAGGCAAGAAAGGAAAGAAAUGGCAACUGGGGCACUACUUAUAGCUAGAAUCCUGGAAACCCGGGAAUCCUAGAGAGAUAUCCCUAACUUCCCUAGAUUCGCUAGAUUCCCUCACAAAUUCCCUUUGGUUUUUGAAAGCGGAUAGAAAGCGGAUCAUUGAGUGGAGCAGCCCUCCCCCCGGUCGCUCUGCA